AUUAUUUUUGUAAUUAAUUUUAAACAAGAACGUACAAAAAUUUUACUUAAAAUAAAUAUUUAGAAUAAAAACAAAUAAACCUCUUUGCAUUCAAAUCAAUUAAGAUGGUGCAGUUUAAGAGUCCAUUUAGAAAUCUCCCUUAUUAAUAAAGAGGGUAUUUAACAUUAGCAUCAGGCUUUCUUUUGCAUUUUAUCUUAGGUACAUUCUAUAUGUGGGGUAGUAUCAGUACUUACAUUGCUUCUUAUUUGCAGCAUGAUGGAUAGGAUAUUUCAAAAGAAGUUGUCGGCGCAGUAUUUCCUUUUACUUUCUUAGCUAUUAACAUUGGAACACCCCUCGGACCUGCUUUAGCCAAGAAGAUUGGUUUCAGAUUGUUUCUCUAAAUCUGCUGUACCUUACUUGGACUUAUUGUAAUCAUAAGCUCCUUUUUUAUAGCUAAAUUUUAUUUAUUCGUCUUCCUCUAUGGCUUUUGCUUCGGUCUCCUCACUGGUUUGAUGUACAUGGUGCCUUUUGUAUCAGGAUACUUAUACUUCCCAAAAAAGAAAGGCCUAGUUAGUGGUAUUAUUACAGGGGGUUUUGGUUUUGGAGCAUGUGUCUUUAUUUGGGUUAUGUAUGGUUUAAUCAAUCCUAAUAACGAGAAAGCUACCUUCCCAAUAAAUGGUUAAAAAUAUUUCUCCUAAGAUGUAUGCGAUAGACUGCCUAACGCUAUAAGAAUUUUAGGAAUAAUUUAAAUCAUUGGUAUUUCACUUUCAAAUCUAUUGCAUGAAAGACCUUAGCCAGAAGAAAUUAUUGAACACGAAAAGCUAGAAUGCGAAAUGUCUCAUCAAUAAGUACACCAUUCAGAAUCAAAUUCUCCACCUCUUGGUUCUGCAGGUAUCAAUAUCAACAUGCACACUGAUUAGCUCCAUAUAGAUUAACAUCACUCCCAUGAUAACCACGAUCAUCAUGGAAUUAACGAUGAUCACCAUCAUGAUGAACACCCUAUUAACAAAGAUUCUAUGAAAUCAGAUCAUCCUAGCUCAUAGAAUCCAGAAAACGGAGCAACAAUAAUAAAACCUUCAUCUUCAUCAGGAUAAAUGAGUGAACAAUAAUUGUAAGUAACAAAAUAUGAUGGAGAGGAAUAUUUUGAAUUUUAGAGCUUAAAGGAUGGAUUAAAAACACCUUUUAUUUAUUUGUCUGUUUUAUUGAAUCUCAUUUAUGUUGCAUAUGGAGCUAUGACUGUCUCUAAUUAUAAACUCUAUGGCGAAGACUUAGGCUAUUAAGAUAACUUUUUAAGUGCUGCAGGUACAGCUGGAAGUGUUUUCAAUGGUAUUUCAAGAAUGUUUUGGGGCAGUCUAAUGGAAAAGUUCAAAGUUAAAUAAAUUAUAUUUGCUAACCUUACCUUACAAAUAAUUGUGAGUAUUACUUAUCAAUAUGCUGCUUAAAUUUAAGGAUUAUUCAUUCUAUAUGUUAUCUUGGGUUACUUUGUCUAUGGAGGUUGGUACUCAGUUAUGCCAACUCUCAUUACUAGAAUUUAUGGUAAGAAAAUUGGAACUACAAUAUUUGGUGUCACUUAUAUUGGUUAUACACUCGCAUCAUUUACUUAAUUCUUUUUAGUAGCUCUAGUCUAAUAGGCUAUAGGUUGGGGAAAAAUGUUCUUUGUAUUUACAGGUAUUCAAGGCUUAGCUGUUAUUCUUACUUGUGUCAUAAAAUUUAAAGCUAUCCCUCCUCAAGCUAAAUAUCAAGCUCAGUAAAGGCAAUAAGUAAAAUGAAAGUGAAACUAACUAAACUAUUUUAGGCUAUUUAGUCACAAUUUAUGUUUUUUUCAAAACAGAUCUCUUCUUUGUUUUCUUAUAUAUCUAUUAAAUUGGUUUCUUAAAUUUAAAUAUCUACUUUUUAAUGUAAUUGAAUGUAUUUUAAUAGCUUUAGUAACUAUCUUAAUUAUCUUCAAAUUAUUAAUAUA